AUGAAAUUCCCACGAGCGGGGAGGCGAUUGCAGUCUCCUCUGUUCUUAGCUCUCUUCGCCGUCCUCUUCGUCUUCGCAGCGACAGUCGAGGCCUCAGUCGGCGACCGUUUGCCAGAGUUCCGAGAAUGCGUUCAAGUCUGCCACGAUGAGAACUGUGCUCCGGGUCGAGAUCCCACACCAAUUCCCCUCCACCGUCGCCUUCUGCUCUGGAACUGCGCCUCCGAAUGCGAUUACACCUGCCAACAUAUAAUCACCAAGAAGCGCGUCGCCGCCGGCGAGCCCAUCGUCCAGUUCCACGGAAAAUGGCCCUUCUACCGCUUCCUCGGCUGCCAGGAGCCCUUUAGCACCCUCUUCAGCCUGGGCAAUCUUUGGGCGCACCAGCGCGGCCUGCGCAAGCUCCGUGCUGUCGUCCCGGACUCGUACCCGCUGAUGCCGUGGUACAAGUGGCUGGCCGGCGUCGGCACUGCCUCGUGGGUGUUCAGCGCCAUCUUCCACACUCGCGACUUCACGGCGACGGAGCAGCUCGACUACUUCGCCGCCGGCGCCAACGUGCUGUACGGCCUGUACUACACUAUCGUGCGCGUCAUGCGCCUCGACCGUCCGACCCCGCGCCGCCGCUCUGUGCUGCGUGCCUGGACCCUGUUGUGCUUGGCGCUGUAUGCGGGCCACGUUGCGUUCCUCAAGGGCGUGCGGUGGGACUACACGUAUAACAUGGCCGCCAAUGUCGUCAUCGGAAUGAUUGGGAACAUCAUGUGGCUAUGGUUCAGUUUCAAAAAGUACAGGCAGUCGCGCAGGGGAUGGGCCAUCUGGCCCAGUAUCGUCGUCGCCAGCGUCAUCACCGUCAUGAGCCUGGAGCUGUUCGAUUUCCCGCCCUUGUGGGGAGCUCUUGACGCGCAUAGUCUGUGGCAUUUGGGCACGAUACCGCCGACGAUACUCAUGUACAAUUUCCUCAUCAAGGACGCUCAGGAUGACAUGGCAGGAAGCGAAAGACUCAAGUCUUGA